GACGGUAGACAAGAAGUGUCGCUCAUUACCCGUCCUCGUUACAGAGGACCAGGAAGAAUAUUACGAGAGGGAACGAGGGUUGAUUCGACGAAUGAGGGAAAGUGCUUUAGCAGGGCCAUGUCGUAUCAACGAAGGGAACGAGAAGGAGUUGAUCAUAGGGGAAUAUGAUUUCUUGCUGCCUCAGGAGCGAACGUUGAUGGUGGAAUUAAUGAAGAGGAAGCAUCGCGCCUACGCAUUUAGUGACGAGGAGCGUGGCAGGCUGGAUGUAGACAAGAUACCUAUGAUCCGCAUCCACACCGUGCCACACGAGCCUUGGAACAUGAGAGGGGCGCGAUAUCCCAAUCCUGACGAGGAAAGGAAGGUGGUGGAUUAUCUCGACGGCAAGAUAAGUACUCACGUCGCCGACUAUUCAAGUGGACCGUAUGUUUCCCCGUGGUUCUGCUUCAUUAAGCCUAACGGGACGCUGCGGUGGGUGCAGGAUUUGCAAAGACUGAAUGCAGUGACCGUGCGAGAUGCUGGAGGACUGCCGAAUGCAGACGCGCUGUCGGAAUCCUGUGCUGGAAGACCUAUAAUUUCGCUUAUAGACCUUUACUCAGGAUAUGAUCAGUUCCCUGUCUACUCGUCGGAUAGGCCGGUGACAGCUAUGCGCACGCCGCGAGGAUUAGUCCACAUGAACGUGGCCCCACAAGGGUGGACCAACGCAGUAGCAAUGGUCCAACGGGCCAUGAUUCGGGCCAUGCAGUCAGUCAGCCCCCAUAUCACACAGCCAUACAUUGACGAUUUGGCAGUGAAGGGGCCAACGAUGAAAGAGAGCGGCGAAGUCUCACCAGAGGUAAGGCGCUUUGUCUGGAAACACAUCCAGGACCUCGAAAAGGUCCUGAGCCUGCUGGAAGAGCAUAACCUCACGGCAAGCGGGGCCAAAUCCAGACACUGCAUGAGGGAAGCGACUAUCUUGGGGAUCGUCUGCAAUGAGAAGGGCCGAAGGCCGGAUGUGAAGAAGACGGACAAGAUUACUGAGUGGCCAGUUCCGUUCCACUCAAUAACUGAUGUCAGGAGCUUCCUUGGUACGUGUGGAUUUUGGAGGACCUUCGUCAAGAACUUUGCCGCUAAGACUGAACACCUGAGGAAGUUAGUCCGUCAGGAUCAGGAAUGGGUAUGGGGUGAGGAACAAGAAGAGGUGGUGGCAAAAAUGAAAGAGGAAUUCCGAGAAGGAGGGAGAUUUAUUUUGAGAGUGGAUCCGACCGCCCUGGCCUACUCUCUAAGGAAUUACGUUCCAUCGGAUCCGACGAUUGCCAGAUGGCUGACAUACAUCUGGAUGUUCAAUUUCGAAUUAGAACGGAUUCCUGGUAGUAAGAACCGGGCAGACGGGCUGAGUCGGAUCAACUGGGAUAAGCAGGAAGGGGAGGCGGUGGAGAAUACGCUCCCAGUUGAUGGAUUUCUGGAUCAGGAAGAAGAUGUUCGUCUUCAUAUCAACAAAUGGUCGUCGCGAGUGCCCAGCUGUGUAGGCUAUCCUAUCUGGCAAGCGCCAAAGGGGUAUGAAAGGAGGAAUGAGCUAGUCCUUAAGCCCUUUGAGGAAGAAGAUCCCUGGGGCGGUAAGGAUGUUCAAUGGAUGAUAGAGCUAGCGCUGGCCAGCUCGCAUAGCCUGGUGGAGGACAUGAGAACGAUUGAGGAAGGACCUGGCCAGGUAGAACGGCAUGAGGACCUGAUGGGAGAAAUGUAUCUACUCGUCAACACGUUAUUGCAGGAAGGCCUCGACCAGUCAGGCUCGUUGAACUCGACAGGAAAUGUGGACGGAAUGCCCGAGAGCCAGGACGACGAGUUCGAGGAAGGAGAGAUUAAGGAGGCUUUUCGUGCAGAGGAGUACGACGGGAUCUACCUAGAGUUGGGGCUUCUUUUGUCAUGGGAAAUGCGGCUAAGAGAUGCGAGCGAUAGGGCUCAAAGGAUGCUGCAGCGCUACUUAGUGCGAGACGGUCACCUUUUUGUGAGAAGGGAAGUGGGGAAUCCCAUGAGAGUCGUCUGCGGUAGGAAUCGUCAGAUCGACGUCGUAGCAGCGCUUCACGAUGGUAUUGCAGGAGGACAUCGAGGGGUACAAGCCACGUAUGCCAAGAUAAGUGAGCUGUACUACUGGGAUGGAAUGAUGGACAUGGUCGGAAAAUUUUGUCGAUCUUGCGUACCCCGCCAGGAGAGAUCCCGUUUAAGGCAGGGAGAGCCGCUGCAUCCAAGGUUAGAGCGAGAGGUAAGGGCCGUAGUGCAUCUCGAUCUGCUUUUUAUGCCACUUAGGGAUCAGGGCUAUAACUAUAUCUUCGAUGCGCGCGAUAUCCUGUCUGGGUUCAUAGACGGGCGAGCUAUUCGCACAAAGACCGGGUCAGUCCUGGUGAGCUGCAUCGAGGAGUACUACCUGCGUUAUCCUUUCGUCAGGGAAUUCUUAAUGGACAGGGGAUCAGAGUUUACCUGCCAUGAGGUGCAAGAACUGUUAGCAAGAUAUAGUAUGGCAGCCAACUACACCACGACCGCGCACCCCCAGACAAAUGCUCCCGUAGAGAGAGGACAUAGUACCAUUACGAACCUCCUGGCCAAAUGGACCGAAGGUAGGCCUAAUCAAUGGCCAAGAUACCUAAGGGCGACUUUCUUUGUCGAGAACAUUACAGUAAAGAGAUCCACCAAGUACGCACCUGCGACGCUGUGGUACGGAAGGCAUGCCACCUUCCCUAUCGAAAGCUUUCUUAAGAAGUGGAGGCGCCGGGAUCUGGAAGUCAACCUGUCAUUUGAAGAGUUGCUCGAUAUUCGGGCGCGGCAGGUCGGGGCGAUAGAAGAAAGGAUCCAGGAGGCAUCUGAUCAGGUGGCGAGAAGCCGUAUGAAUGAUAAGGCCCGAUGGGAUCAGUCUACGCGAGUGAGGAAAGUACCCUUGGCAGUCGGGGAUGUCGUGCUUCUCUACGAUACGUCGCUGGAGAAGCAGUGGUCCAGGAAGCUCGAUAAGAGAUGGUCUGACUUUACGAAGACAACCAUGCCAAGAGGAGGGAAGGGGACACGGCCGCCUAAGCGGCCGUUGGGCGCAUCAGGAGGAUAUGAGCGGCAUGGGCCUCACCAUCGGGAAAGUACUUUUUUCUACAAUGAUGGGGACAUCGAGCUAUUUCUGGACAGUUUCUGGGAGCAUGCGAGGCGUAUGGGAUGGACCGUCGCUCAGGCGAUUGAGAGAUUAAGGGGAGCAGGUAGGCUCGAAGAGCCCAUUGCCAGGAUUCGUAGGGAGGCGACGACGAGGCAGGAGGUGGAGAUGAAGAUGGAGGAGUUGCGACCCUUGCCUGUGGGACCUGAUGGCAGGCCGAUCCGCCUGCAGAUUGGAAAUGCGUCGGACUUCAUCCCCGCGUUUGAGUGGUUCAUGCAAGAGCAGGGCAUACCGAGAGAUGAUUGGAUGCAGACGCUACCACUCUGGACCAGGAAGGCGGAAAGGCCACUGGCUAUGCAGAUCAGGGAGAUGGCACGAGAUUGGGAGAGCUGCAGGGCACAUUUGAGAGAGGCCUUUCAACGGCCAGAGCUCCCUCAGCCCAAAGUUGAGAGGCGGCAGAGGAGUCAGACGCCGAGGGACCCUGAGCCCAGGGAGGCGAGACCAUCUCGAGGAGGACGGAAGGCCCUAGCCAGGAGAGAGCAGGAGCCAGAGGAUGAGGAGCGAGGGGGAUACCCUGAGUGUGGGUUGGGGCCAGGGGAGUUCCAUCGUUUUACUGAGGGUGGAUUGAGGAGGUCGCCAACACACACAGGGGAAGCCACCAGCAUCAGAGGGGCCCUUGAGGGAAUUGGAGAUGCAUUUAGAUAUUUCUCGGUGGAGGGCGUCGCUUCAGGGAGAGGAGCAUGGAGAGCAGGCAGAGGAGGUGUUACAAGGGGAGGUGCCACGAGAGGAGGUGCCACAGGGGGAGAUACCACGAGAGGAGAUGCCGCGGGAGGAGGUACCACAGGAAGAGAUCCGGGGCGGAUAGAUGAGAUACGGCAGGAGAGGCAGAGGUUGGAGGCAGCGGGGGAGCUCCCGGAGCAGCAGCAGGAGAGGCAGAGAUCGGAGGCAGCAGGAGCACUCUCGGGUCAGCCACCCAGCGCACCAGCUAGGGCCCCAGAGAUCCCUGAGAUAUGGGGGAACUUCUGGGAGCAGAGAGGAGAGGAGCUUCCAUCGCCAGUCAGAUCCGGGUUUGGGGUGGCCAGGAAGGCGGAAGAAAGGUUAGAUCGUAAAAUCAAGUUCCUGGCCAAGACCACUUUUGACCGGCACUUGUUAUUGGAGGGCGAUCUGGCGGGGAAGAAAAUGAAGGAGGCCAGCCAUGGAGUACGUCUGGAGGCUAUGGAGAUGGAAAUUCAGGAACUUAGGGCUUUGGUGGCCAGCCAGGCAGCUAUCAUUGAGAGCCUGAAGCAGCGAACCCAGCGAAAGGUUGACAGACCAGAGAGCAGCCGGCAGGGAGAGCAGAGGCAGCCAAGACAGGGACUGCCAGGACAGCGAUCUGCGACAGAGCCUCGCCAGGAGCCACCUAUGGGGAGGGUUAUCCUGGAGUCAGAGAAGGCGAGAGCACAGAGACAGGCGGAGAGAGAGGCAUUCGAGUUCAGAGCCCCUACUGAGCUCGCGACGCUGCCAGUAGCAACGGCGGGCCUAGUCGUACCUUUGGCAGUAGAGGAGGGACUCCCAAAAUCUAGCAGUGAGCCGGCUCAGGGCUCAGUAGAGGAAUUCAUGAGCGUGCUCCUUGAGGCGGUGCAUACUAUGCAGGAGGAGGUGAGUUUGUUUUCACCUGAGCAGAGGAUAGAGGAGUCUCUUGAGAGAGAGAUGAGGAUUGAGGAGGAGGGUGUCAUCGAGGGUAGACUCCAGAGGAUAGGCACACCUGAGUAUGGACCAGAGAAGAUUGAGGAGCAGCCCACGGGAGUGCCAGAGGCGACACUCGAGAGGAGGCCUCAGAGGUUGGACGCCCGAGUACGUCCUAGCGACAGAGGAUUUGAGAGGCAGACUAGGAUCUUGGGCUACUAGAUCUGGGUCUGGUGGACCGGUUCCGAGGACAGAGCAGCAGGAAGU